UCUGCUUCCAAGAACUUUGGCAGAAACCAACAGUGGCUUUAGUGGUGAAUGUGAAGAACAGGGAAAAACUACCCACUCAGGAUGUCGUCUGAGGAGGAAGAUCAUCCAGAGACCCCCAUUGGCUCCCCUUGGUCUUGGAUUCCGUUGAUGAAAGAUCCUGGUUGGAUUCGAAAUGUCUGGACACGCAAUCUAAAUGUCCAAACCAUGAAUUACGUUGGACAGUUAGCAGGGCAAGUGUUUGUGACUGUGAAGGAGCUCUAUAAGGGCCUAAACCCAGCCACACUGUCAGGAUGUAUAGAUAUAAUUGUUGUACGUCAGCCAGAUGGAAAUCUUCAGUGCUCCCCUUUCCACGUUCGCUUCGGGAAAAUGGGAGUUCUGCGUUCCAGGGAGAAAGUGGUUGACAUAGAAAUUAAUGGAGAAGCUGUAGAUUUACACAUGAAACUAGGAGACAAUGGGGAGGCCUUUUUUGUGCAGGAGAUGGAUAAUGAUCAGGAGGUAAUUCCUUAUCAUCUCUCCACAUCUCCCAUUCUGUCUGAGGGGACUGCCUUAAUGGAAUCCCAGCUGAAGAGGAAUUCCAUAGACAGGAUACGAAAUCUGGACACCAAUGCACCCUCACAAGUCCCGCCCCAAGCCCAUGGAUCCCAGCCUUCUUCUGAAACAUCUCCAGUCUGUAGCUCUGUGAAAAAAAGGAGGAAGAAGAGGAGGAAGUCAACUCAUAAAAUAGACAGCUUAAAAAGAGAAGAUACACAUGGGGACACAUCAGAAGAUGAGGACAUGUUUCCCAUAGAGAUUAGCUCAGAGGAAGAAAAAGAGCCAUUGGACAAUUCAAGGAUCCCUGUUCCAGAUGUGUUUGUUGAUGAUGUAUCUGACAUAAAGGCUCCUGCAGUUUCUGUGCUUUCUCAGUCUGCACCUUACCCUCAUUCAGAUGGAGAAUGGUCACCUCUUCAAAGUAAGGCUAUAGAUUGUACAGGGCAAACCACUCUCCUCACUGUUCCAGCAGAUGGAGGCCUAUCUAACUCUUGUCCUCAACAAUCUUCUUACUUUUCUCUUCCAGACAGUGCAUCAGAUUCACGUCCUCCUACUCCUCAAAGUGACUCAGAAUUAGUCAGUAAACCUACGGACAGAAGUGGACUGAAGGAUAAUCCCCACAUGCACUGGGCAUGGGGAGAGCUACCUCAGGCUGCAAAGGCCAGUUCUCUGCUCAAAGCAAAGGAGCCCAGCAUGGCAGAUGUAAAUCCUUCUGAAAGCACUCACUUUCAGGUCAUCCAAAGUUCUCCUGUAGAAGAGUUUAACACAGUGUCUCCUCUGCCUGCCCUUGGACAAGCAGAUGCAGCAGUUGCUGAUGAAAGUGAGCCCUUACCAGCUGAGACAGUUAAGCCAGAGACAGAGCUGCCAGGACCAGCUGAACCCCCAUUGCCUGCAAAUGAGGAAAUAAAGCAAGCUGCAGCUUGCUCAGCCCAACCAACUGGCAAGACGGAUUCCCCUUCUAGAAAGAAAGACAAACGGAGCCGGCAUCUUGGUGCUGAUGGUGUCUACUUAGAUGACCUCACUGACAUGGAUCCAGAAGUUGCUGCACUUUACUUCCCCAAAAAUGGGGAUAACGCCCAAAGCAAGAACACGGCCGACAUGGGGCCGCGGCCAGCCAGCCACUCUCCGCAGUCUGUCGGCAGCUCAGGUGUUGACAGUGGGGCUGAAAGCACCUCGGAUGGAAUUCGGGAUUUGCCCUCCAUUGCCAUUUCUCUCUGCGGAGGCCUUACUGAGAACAAAGAGAUAACGAAAGAGGAAUUCUUAGAACAUGCAGUGACAUAUCAGCAGUUUGUGGACAAUCCUGCUAUCAUUGAUGACCCUAACCUUGUGGUUAAGAUUGGAAUUAAGUACUACAACUGGACAACAGCUGGUCCCCUUCUUCUGGCAAUGCAGGCAUUCCAGAAACCUUUGCCAAAGGCAACUGUGGAAUCUAUAAUGAGGGACAAGAUGCCCAAGAAAGGUGGAAGAUGGUGGUUUUCAUGGCGAGGGAGGAACAGCACUAUUAAAGAGGAAUCAAAGCCAGAGCAAAGUAUAGGUGAGAGUGGACUUACAGAAGACUCUUCACAGAUGAGCAGGGCAAACAGAAUAAAAGAUGAAUCUUCUUCAAGUGAUGAAGACCCUAGAGCUGCCAAACAAAACCUCGGGUCAUUACAAACCAACUCCAGUCAUCUCUCAUUAUUGUCUGGAAUCAGUUACAAAAAAUCACUUCGACUCACUUCUGACCAGCUUAAAAGCUUAAAGCUCAAGAAUGGCCCCAAUGAUGUGACCUUUAGUGUCACAACCCAGUAUCAAGGCACUUGCCGCUGUGAAGGCACCAUUUACCUAUGGAAUUGGGAUGAUAAAGUUGUUAUUUCUGAUAUUGAUGGGACAAUCACACGGUCAGAUACUUUAGGUCAUAUUUUGCCAACUCUUGGCAAAGACUGGACACACCAAGGGAUUGCGAAGUUGUACCAUAAAGUGAGCCAAGGCCAAGGCAAGAAUGCAACACUGUUUAUACAACAAAGGCCAAUAUACCAUUGUCUGCUUUAUGCCAAGUGUUUUCCUCUUUGCAGAAAUGGAUAUAAAUUUUUAUACUGCUCAGCACGAGCUAUUGGAAUGGCAGGCAUGACCAGAGGAUACUUACACUGGGUCAAUGAAAGAGGAACUGUGCUGCCUCAGGGGCCAGUUUUGCUGAGUCCAAGCAGCCUAUUCUCAGCUCUUCACAGGGAGGUCAUAGAAAAGAAGCCAGAAAAAUUUAAAGUUCAGUGUUUGACUGACAUCAAAAAUUUGUUUUAUCCUAACACAGAACCCUUUUAUGCUGCUUUUGGAAACAGACCUGCUGAUGUUUAUUCAUACAAACAAGUGGGGGUUUCUUUAAACAGAAUAUUUACAGUUAACCCCAAAGGAGAACUUAUACAAGAGCAUGCAAAGACAAACAUCUCUUCUUAUGUCAGACUCUGUGAAGUGGUAGACCACAUUUUCCCUUUGCUGAAAAGAAGUCAUUCUUCAGACUUCCCUUGUUCUGACACCUACAGCCAGUUCACCUACUGGAGAGAACCUCUGCCACCAUUUGAAACUCAGGAUGUGCAUCCAGCCUCAUCUUAACCCCCAUCUCCAAAUUGCUGGUCUCACCUGAAGGAAUGGGUUGGCUUGUGUAGAAAGGACGCCACUUGGCUUUUGCUGUUGACAGUUCAGUUGGAAUCUGUGAAGUUGUGAGCACUGUAUUCUUCUGUUGUGAGCAAACUUAGGAAUGCUUUUUCAUAAUUAGUCAGGUUUCAGACAAGAGGAGUCUUGCUAGGAAUAGGAGUUGCUUUUCUAGGUCUUCUCCCAGCUCCUCGAAUUUUGCCAUGCACUUUCAUUAUAUAAGGUCAAUUAAAAGUGCAGUGAUGUUGGAGUCGCAGUUAAAUGUGCCAUGAGGUUGUAAAGUGAUUCCACAUCUGUUCUGCGUCACUGAAGCCAUCUUCCAUCCUGUCAGAACCCUUGCUAGUAAGGGAGCUGAAGGUGCUCACCAUUCCUGACAUCUGGUGACACAGACAGGGAUUGCAGUCUAUAUAUCAAAAUUCUUCUCUCUGAAGGAGCAAAUGAUUCUUCCUCUCUCCCCUUGCUUGAUCAACAACUGUUUGUUUAAGAGUUGAUUACUGGUCUAGAUCCUCAGCAAAUGUAAAUCAGUGUAGCUGUCAAAACCAAUUGAGCUGUGUUUGAUUUGUUCCAGCCUAUUUUGACAUGGGACAUUUCUGAGGAAAUAAAUUACCUGUAAUCUAAAUAGAAAGUAAAUUAAAUAGGAUGGUCGGAUUCCUCCAGUCUUUCUCAGGUUGAGAACUAUCAUGUUUCAACAGUAGCUUUUUGGAUCAAGGUAAGUGUGCAGGUGGAAGAUGCUGGCCACUGUGGAUAGUGCCCACCUUAUGGAAGUGGGUGACUUUCAGUAAACACCUCUUUCCUACACACAGUGUGCUGAGGUUGAAGAUUGGUUACUGAGCCAAAAAUAGUAAGGAUUUUAUCAAAAUGGAAUAGUUUUGUUUGAAAUAGUAUUUUGGUUAAAAUGUGAAUUUUGAUGCUGGUGAAUGGUGCAUCUCAGGUUUUUACUGUAUGGAUUUUUUUGCUUUGUUUUGUAUUAUAAAGAAUGGAUACUUUUAGUGCAAUUUACUCUCCUUUAAGGUAAUAAAAUCUCCUUAUUUUUCUUUUUUUUUUUUUUUUUUUCUCCUUAUUUAUCCAGACACAAGCUGUAGAUAUUGCCUUAAGAUUGAACUGUGUGCAAUAAAAGCAAUACUGUGGAUCAGUUGAUAACAUUUUCCAAGUGGUCUGCCUUUACACAAUGUGGUUCCUAAAAUAUGGACUCCAGGUGCCCACCUGCCAAAUGAUUUCAAAUGUGUUGUAGUUAGGAAAGAAACUUUAUUUUCCCUUUUGAAAUAUACUGAAAAGUCUAAUUGCUUUCUGAAAUGCUGAAGAUGGCAUCAUGGGCUUCUAUGUGCAUUAUAUUUCAGUAUGACUACACUGGUGUUUCACAAGCUGUGAUCUCUGCCAGCUUGUGAUGUGAGGCCAUGGUACGUGUUUUGCAGCUGCUUUGUAGUGUUUUCACUUAGGAGUUUAAUAACAGGAAGGCAGAGUGGUCCAGGAGAAAUUUUAAGAUGAGAGUAUGGUUGGUUAUCACUCAGAAAUUUGGAAAUGACACACACAUUUGUUCUGUAACAACAAAUUCUAAUUUUGCAUAUGUAGAGUGAUAGCAAUGUAGAUAGGAUGGUAACUCUCUGGUAAGGUUUUUUUUAAAGUUUUACUGCUGAAGACUUUAUCUGGGCUGCUAGUAGGCCAAUAUAUGAUUUCUCUGUGCCUUCAACAGUAAUGAAAACAAGUGCAAUGUUUUAUAUAGCUGCAGUAUGCAGUGGAGAGCCCUCCCUAAGUCUUCCUUUCACAUGAACGUUGCUGCUUGAGGCAAGGUAAAUGACCACUUUGGACAUACCAGGAUUAGACACAAAGAGGAAGAAAUUUGUGUUUUACAACCCAGAACUGAUUGUGUUCUCUUGAAAGUGUAAAGAAAAUAUAAAUAUCUUUGUACUUAAAAGUGUAAGAAAUAUGGGGUGAAUUUUCUGAAAGACAAUCAGUGGGGAUUGCAGAUUGCCAAACUGAGAUGGUUGCAUCUCUAAAUAUAGCCACACUUUCCUUUAAUUAUCUGUUAAUACUUGUCACUAGUGAUUGAAUAAAUAGAUGAAUGCACUAGCUGCAUCCUAUUUAAAUUCAGUUUUGGUAAUGACCUAUUUCGAGCCAUUUAUUAUGUGAAAUACAUAAAAUAAAACAAAGCCAACCCUUCUCUUCAGUGAGAGGCUGUCAGUUUUGUGUAGUUAAAAUCUAUUUUCCCAAGAUAUUACACAUAGCAACUCCCACCAGAAAAGAUGGUCCCUGAAAGUUCUCCACAAUUAAAGCCUUUGAUAUAUUUAUUUAUAACUUAAUAAAUAGACAAUCCAGGGUUGUUUGUUGCUUUUAGUAUUUAAAACCAAAGGAUAGUGUGAAUGAGGAACUGUUUUAGUUCUGUGAAAUUAUGGCCACAGUGCAGUGCUGGUACAGGUUACCCUGAGCUGCUGCAGAAUCUGUCCUAGAGUUUUUCAAGAUUUGAUUAAACAGGGUUAUGGCUGACUUGAUGUAGUAUAGGUAACCAUCUGCCUCAAGGCUGAAGUUGGACUACAUGACCUCCAGGGGUCCCUUCUGACCAACUUUUCUGUGAUUUCUGUGACACUCAGCAUUUCACUUCUGACUUGCUGCAUCCCCCUUUGUACCUGAAAUUGAAAUAUAGCUGAACAGUGUCAGGAAUGUGUGUUACUGUAACUUUUAUCAAAUUUACUGACAAAAAAGACACCUACAUGAAAAUCAAGGGUUUGACCUGCUAGAAACAUCACCAUACUUUUCCAGAAAGUGCAGGAUUAUUUGAUAGCUGAAUAAUUCUGGCACAAUAUUUAAACUGCUUUCUUAAUUCAUAUACAAGAAAAAGGUAUGGUUUAAAAAAUUGCUACUCUUUCUGUGAAAGAAAAAAAAAAUCAAUCUUGCUUGCAGUGUAAUGCUGGGUUUUGUUACAGAAAGAAUAUGUUAACAUAAAUAUGCAGACACAUUAAAUCACAGUAAAUUCUAUUUAUAUAAUACACAAAAACUAGAAUAUGCAGCAGUGAGGAGUAACUAAUGUUUAUUUUCUUGAUGCUGAUGACCACACCACUUUAGCUGUGUCAUGGGAGGGAAAGAAGGUUGUACUUGUGACAUUUAGUUAUGCUGAAGAUAAAAUGUUACUGCUAUAAUUUGGGGAAGGAGGAGAAAGAGGUAUUGGGUAUUUUUUAUUUGUAGAUAUGGUUUGUUAUUAUUUGAAAGUAUUUAUAUACAGUAUUUACUCUGUAUAUGUAUGUGCUACUGCAGUGAUGAAAAUAGUUAUAACACUUCAUUUUGAUCUACUGUAUGCAACAAGGGUAGAAAUAUAUAUUGUAAUAAAGGCAAAAAUAUUUUUUUCCUGA